ACAAAAUUGCAGUUGUGUAUGUCAAUAUGGCUGCUAUCCUUGUCUUUCCUGUAUUGAACAAUGUAGAAAAGACAAAAAUCACCAAUUUUGUCCUGAAUUUCUCAGUUUUCUCGGACGAGGCCCCCCAAGUCACUUCAGGCUUAGGUCGCCUCUCUAUUCUUCUGUUCAGUUAGUUCUUUAUUCACCCCUUUUUAACAGGAGAUGGCGUUUCGUUGCUGCAAUUGUAACUCGGGAAUUGCGAAUCUAGUGAAGCGUAGGUUUACGGAAACACCUAUCAGACAUCACGUUCCCCUUCCAUUGUUUCAUUUUCCCGCGGAUUUUUGGUCCAAUUCUUAUCCAGUAGUUAUGUGGAUCCGAUGUAUUGUAUUUGUGAAAGUAGUUCCUUAAAUUAUAAAAUUUUUACGUCUUUACUUAAUAUUUUGAUCUCGAAAUUUACGUGUAUUCGAAUAUAUAAUUCAUUAAUAUUCUCGUCAUUUACAUUCGGCUAAUAAAUUAUUACUUAGGUUAAAGUAAUGUGCUAUUGACAGAUUUUUUGUAUAUAGAUCUUGUCAAUUACAGUAAUGUUGUAAGAAACGAUUUACAGUUACAACUGUUUAGGUAAGAUAGAGGUAAAAAACGUAGAAGAUGAAAAUGACGGAUUCUAACGAGCAAAAUGACUGUUAUGUUGAAGCGGUAACACCGAUUAAAAGAAAAAAACUGAAACAAGCACAAUUGCCAUUUCAAAUACGCAGUCCAACACAAUCACCAAAUGUUAUACAAACCAAGAAGAGGAAAUUGUCAUCACCCACUGUAGGAUGUAAAAGUGCAAAAGCAGUUAAAGUUUCAAAGACAGUUUCAAAGAAGGAUGUAAACGGUAAAUCAAGUGAUUCCGAGGAUGAUACACCAAAAAAGGAUAAUAACAUUAAAGAAACUACUGAAAAUAUAGAAAUUGAAAAUGUGAAAGAAAAUACAACAUCUAAUAAAGUUUUAAAUAAGUCUAUCACUCCAAAACAUUCUUCGAUUGGAAAGAAGAAAAUAGAAAAACAGGAUAAAUCACAGUCUAUCUCGCUCACAAAAUUUUUAAAAAAGACUGAUUCAAAGGAAAAUAGUUCUCUAACAGAGGAGAAGGAUACAUUUAUCGAUGAAAGUUUUGAUGCAGAAAUGGAUGCAAAUGUAUCUAUAUCGAUGCAUAAUGACGAAAAAGAAUUGUCUGGAACAGUAAAUAAUUCUUUAUCCUGUGAUGUUGACUCUGAUGGGAUAAAUUUAUCUUCGAAUAGUGAUGGCAAUGGAGAUGAUCUGUUAAAGUCGUAUGAAAAUACAGAACAAAGUGUAACUUCUGACAAUCCAAAAACUCCUAAAAUAAGAAAGAAGAAAUUAACGCCUACACAACAAGAAAAGAAAUUAUUAAGUACUAAGAAGAAGGAAGAAAUGCAAAAACGGAGAAAGGAGAAGGAAAUGAAACUAGAGGAAGAGCGUAACAAUCGACGCAAAGAGAAAGAAAUGAAACGUAAAGAAAGGGAAGAGAAGGUGAAAGCAGAGAAGGAGCAAAAACUGUUGGAAAAGAAAAUGAAGGAGCAAAAAAAACAGCAAGAAUUGGAGCAAAAACAGAAAGAAAAGCAAGCAAAAGAGGAGGAACGUAAAAGAAAGGAAGAAGCUAAGGAAGAGGAAAGAAGAAAAAAAGAAGAAGAAAAACUAGAAGCUGAGCGUAAGAAGGAAAAAGCAGCUGCGAAUUUCACUAGUUUCUUUGUUACUAAGAAGCAAGAAAAGUCUAUCCAAGAAGAAAGCACUACAGAAAUAAAAAAUUUUAUGCCUUUUGAAGUGAAAGCGGAUAUGAAGAUGGCUCCGCACAUUAGAAGAAUCUUGAAGGAGGACGAGAAGUUACUGUUAGAUGAAAAAUGUAAGAAAGGAAAUACGCAAAUAUUAAAUUUGUAUCUUAGUGAAAUUAAAAACAAGAAGAUCAUUCCACGCAAAUCAACAAAGACUUGGCCUCUUGAAGCAAAAGACGAUAUCGUAAUAUUAGACGACGAAAAUGAAGGCAAUUCUAAUAUUGUGAAUCAGAAUAUCGUUAUCGAAAAGCAUCGACCAAAAUUGCUUCAAUUCUCGGAAAAUCAACGACCACCAUAUUGGGGUACAUGGAGAAAACGUAGUGGCAAUAUUAAACCUCGCAAACCAUUUUCAAAGGAUACGCAAUGGUUCAAUUACGACGUGGAUUCGGACGAAGAGUGGGAAGAAGAAGAACCAGGCGAGUCUCUGCAUGGUUCAGACGAGGAAAAAGAUGAAGAGAAUCCUGACGACAAUGAAUACGAUGUUGAUAACGAAUUUAUGGUACCUCAUGGAUACUUGUCGGACGAAGAAAUCAGAGCCGAUGAAGAAGACAAAGAAGAUACGAAUCCUGAAACGCAAAAGUUCAAGUUGAAAGUUCUAGGACAGCAGUUCGAAACCGAAAGAAACACAAAGACAUCAAAAUUAAAGCCAAAAAUUAUCGGUUGCAUUUGGAGAGGAUCUAACAAUGAGUUUGCACCAAAUGUGCCACAAAAAAGCAUGGAAUUCCUGACAGGUCACGAAGCCUGGGUUCGUCAGAUACCGGUGAUACUACCAACAACAUCCGAGGGUGAAAUAAUGAACGUCACCGAGUGUGGUACACCCACUCAACCACAGGCAUCGUUGAGUUCGAAGAAGACUCGAGUCCCGGAAGAGUUCCUGCCCAACCUGAUUCGAUUAGUUCACGGAAACGUACACGGUAGAAGGUUCCUCGUGAAAGAGUUCCUUGCUUUCUUGAACAAGGAAAAUGGCGAGUGUCAAGUAUCUAAAGCUAGUCUCAUGAAAAAGAUCUGCGAAAUCGGCAAAUGGAUGUCGUGUCCCGAGGAAGGACCUAUGCAUCUGAAGUCCUGUUGGUACGUUUCUGAAGAGGUUAGGAAGGAAUACUUCAAAGAGAAUCUCCCUUUACCGAACCAAUGGUCAUAUGUUACGACUCCGAAACGCAGAUCGAUUUUUAACGAGGUUACGGAGAAGGUGGAGAAAGAGGACAAAGAGAAGGAGAAGAAAAACGUGUCUCUGAUCACUCAGUUCACGAAGAAGAUCAGCCAAGAAGAAAUGAAGAAACAAUUAAUUGUUAGUCCUACUCAAAGUAUUGCAAAGAAUAGGACAUCCUCUCCUUCUCUGCCGGCUAAACCUGUUGGAGGAAAAGCUCCAAAGAGAGCGACCUUAAUCUCUGUCAGUAGAGGUGAACAGUUUUCGAAGGCGUCGAAGGAAAACUUGUUGAAGACCUUAAGUGUGAAAUUAGAGAAGAUGGAUGCCGUUAAGGAUGAUAUACAAAUCAUAGAUCUUUGCGAAGACAAUAACGCUGAUAAUCAAAACAAAAAGAAAACCGACUUCGAUGAAAAAAAGGGGGAGGACAAUAAACUUGGUGAUAUUUCUAUGGAAUGUGAAAGUAAAAUGAAAAGUGAAGAAAAGUCGCCUAAAAAUACAGAUAAAAAUAAAGAUAUAGUAUUAAAAUCUAAUGCUUUGUCAGAAACUAUUUCUGAUAAUUGUGAAAGAGAAACUGUAAAUACUCUAAUGGAUAUUGAUAAGUCUUCCGGGUAAAAUUAAAACUACGAAGAAGCUCGUACAAGCUGCUCGAAAGAAUGAUGCUAGGCUUGAGGAAACAAGAUGAUCAAUUAUUUUUAUGACUUGAUAAUAUUUUCAUACCGGGGAUCAUACUAUUUAAACAUACUGAUGCGCAUGUGUAUAAAGCUCUGAAUUAUUUUCUAUUUUUAUAGUAUUCAUACGAUAUUGUUAGAUUACGGAUACACUAUAGGACUCGCCACAGUUUCUUCAGCUAAUUCAAUUAAUUGAAGGAAUAUCGUUUGAAAACUUCGAGAAUUUCUCGGUUUUUAAACAUAAACUGUCUAGCAGCGAUUACAAUUGGAAAAUAUGCAUACUCCGUUCCAUUAUUUUUAUAGCGAUAUUACAGAUUUCGUAAAAGUAUACAAUCGUUCCACAAAGUUAUUCAACUUCCAAGUGCCACUAUUUAUACAUAUUAUAGUUAGAUUAAAUCCUAUUCUUCAGAAACAUAAAUAUUGUUUUUUAAUAAUAUGCUAUUUUCAUCCCGUGCCUUAGAUAAUGUACUGUAUCGUUCGAUGUAUCGAACGAACACUUAAUUAAAACGAAUAAUCUAAGAACAGUUGAUUCAAUCAAAAUUGUAUUAUUAAAACUAUAAAGAAACGUAAUGUUGAAAUUGACAUAGGUAAUUGAAAUUGCAUAUGAUGCAUACGAUAUUUUGUAAUUAUUUAAUUAAAAUCAUCGAUUUUGAUAGAUCACCCUUAAAAAUCAGACAUUUUUUAACGGUGUUCUAGAAGACUCAUUAUAAAUGUAUUUCAUUUUUAUCGAAAGUACGAGUCUUCCGCAAUCGUUCAUUUAUUUAUGUGAUUAGUUUUCUCUUACGAGAACCUCAGGCGACUAAUAUUUUAUAUCGUCAGUAUUUUAUAAAUUUCACGAUAAACAUAUUUGGAUUUUUACCAAUCGGAAGAGUGAACAAUUUCAGAGGGAAUACGCGUGAAGUGUCAUUAAUUAAACGGACUUAAUACUCUUUGGUUCUGCGAUCCAGAUAUACGAAUUGUUAAUAUUUCAGUAAUGUCAAUAAAUAUUGAGAACCUCCUGAAAUAUUGACAUUACGUCAAUACAUGUAUAUAUCGUCUGAGAUGUCCAUUGUAUUCAGGAACGAUGCGAUCUUUAUUGUCUUGUUAAAAGGAGCAUGGAUUUAAUAUGAGCGAUAUGUAAAAUAGAAAAUGAUAAAUUUUAUAAAAGUUUGAUCGUGGGCCAUAAUUAUUUGUGACAAGUGCUUCCUUUUCUAUGAUCAACAGAGAAAUUACGAUAAUGUGUAUACUUAGUUAUAAUUACUUUUAUAAUAAAAAUUACAUAAUAAACUGUAUCGAUUGAAUAUGCAGGGUCAAAACUUACCUACAAUCAACAUAAUACAAAUGGUUCUUUGAAACUGUAUUUGAUAUUUCACAAGCAACGAGAGUAUCAUUUCAAAAAUCCUACUAUUGGUUUUUGACGCUUCCAAGCAUGCUAGGCAUCCAUAGAGAAAACAAUGAGACGAAGGAAUUGUGUAUCCGCACAUUGUAUCUAUACGCGUAGCAUAUUCACGCGUUGUAUACUACACAAAUAUUGUAUAUCUAUUUUUAUUAUAUUUAAAAAAAGCAGCUUUAAAAAUUCA